AUGCCAGUUAUUGGAGGUCUUUGCCACCUUGAUUCGCAAGAUGUUCAUAUUGGAGGAAAACAAACACAAUUUUUUCUUCGUUGUGAGCCAAUUUCUGAAUCUUUACCAGGAGAAGGUGUUUGGGUUGUUAAAAGUAAGAAUGUUGGAUCAUCUGCUCCUCGAAUUUCUGCCGCAGCACUAAUAAAAUCAGAACAACAACAACAAAUUAGAAAAACUUCACCCAAAAUGAGUAGCUAUAUUUGUGAUCUCGUUUCUGAUGCACACGAGCAUGGCUUUUGCUCUGUUAGUGAGAACUGUCUUCAGCCUGUUUAUACAGAUCGGAAUGCUUUUCUACAAUGUGAUUCAACGACUCGUCGUUGGCAUAAAAAACAUUGUCAACCUUCAUUCAAUUUUGAUUUUGAACGUCAGGCAUGUAUAGCACAUACUGUUGUCAAACAGGGACAUCAUCAUUUUAGGCAAUUCCCGGGUUAG